AUAUAUAUAUAUAUUAUAUAUCAUUUCCUUAAUACCCUUUACUUUUUGUUUUAACCACUUUUCUAUAUCAUAUAUAUAUAUAUAUCUUUUUUUUUAUAUCUACAUUCCCCUUCCUUAAACACCUAUUUCCUUUAUAAAUAUAUACCUUUUUUUUUUUAAUGCAAUCUCCAACUGUACCUGAUUCUCCUACUCUAAGUGAUUCUAGUAGUAAAAAGAAAACCAAUAAUAAAAGACCAAAAGCAAGUGUGGCCUGUCAUGAAUGUAGGAAACGAAAGGUGAAAUGUGAAGGUAUAGAACCUUGUGCUAGGUGUCGAAAAUCAGGUCUUACUUGUGCAUUUCCUCAACAAGGUUUAAAACGUGGUCCUCCAAAACAAUAUAUUGAAAUCUUGGAAGCUAGAGUACAUUUGAUGGAAAAAGCUUUACGAAGUAUUGGUGGUCCAGCUCGAGAAAUAUUGGACGAUGCUUUAUCUUUGGAUCCUCAUGCUUUACAAGAUAAGAAUGGUAUUCAUGAAGACGACACUACUAUACAACAAUCCAAUGAAUUUCAUUCCAACUCAUUCCAGCAUCAAAGAUUACCUGAUCAAUAUUCUAUGAAUGAAUUGGGCCAACCCUAUUAUACCCAUGAUAUUUAUCAACAAAUACAUACACCACAUUUAUAUCAACAAACUUCUGAUUUAUCAACAAAUAGUGAUGUAAAAAGUGAACCAACAACACCAAUACCUUCUACUCAUUACUUUGCUGAUAUCGAUACUUCUUUGAUUGACAAAUAUUUUGAACAUAUUCAUCCUUAUACACCAAUGAUUCACAAAGCUGCUUUUAAUCAACAAAUGAUGAAUAUGAAUGAUCCACCUCCUAUGUUAUUACUUUAUGCUAUGUGUGCAGUUGCUUCCAGAUGGUCUUGUACUCUUCCUUCUCGACCAAACGAACCUCCUGGAUUCUCUUAUUAUCAACGUGCAUUUGUUCUCAUCGACGAAGCUUGCGUAGUACCUCGUGUAACAACUAUACAAGCCUUGGUACUAUUAUCAAAAUAUCAAGAACAUUACAAACGUACUGGUUAUUUUUAUCGUCCUGGUUAUUAUUUGGGUCUUGCUGUGGAUAUGUGUCAUGCCAUGAAAUUAUCUGUUUUACCUUCUAUAUCCUCUUCUGGAAAUAUUUUAUCAGAUGCAUAUAAUUAUGAAACUAAGAAAAGGGUAUUUUGGACUACUUUUUUAUAUGAUCUUUGGACAAGUAUUGAAGAAGGAAGAGAAACUCGAUUUAACAAUUCACAAUGUAUGACCGAAUAUCCCUCACCAAACAAUGACGAAGGUCCUGGAUUUGAAGAUAUGGUGACAAGACACAAUGUGAUAAUCCGUCUAGGCCGUAUUUUAUCUGAUAUUUAUGGUUUCUCUCGGCGAUUAGCUUCAAGGCAACAAAUCCAAGGUACUGUACGAACAUCAACUCAACAACUGGAAGAAGAAGGUAAACUGGUCGUGAUUCAAACAAAUUUAGAAACCUAUCUACGUGAAAUUUCCAUGAUUCCUCGAUUUGAUUAUGCUCCAAGUAAUCAAAAUGUUGGGAAAUAUCCUGCUGAUUCUGCUGCUGUCUCUGAUGCUUUUGUUGGCUUUAUUCAUAUGAUGUAUCAUUAUUCAAUCAUUCUUCUUCAUCGACAUCAUGUCCUCUAUCCUAUUUCACAGCAACAACAACAACAACAACAACAACAACCAACAGACACCAAUACUACUACUACUACUACUACUACAACAACAACAACAACAAAACGACCUUAUCCUCAUCAACAACUAUGCGCGACCUCAGCUUCAAUUAUCAAUAGUAUUGCUGAAUCUAUGAUGGAAUCAAACAAUAUUGAUGUAUUUUACCUCCCUAUUCGUGGCGUACAAUUUACCAUUUUAUGUGUGACUAUGGCUAUUGCGGUACACAAAUUCGAAAUGGAAACGACUCUAGACGAAAAGAGAAAAUCAAAUGCAACAGGUCUUUACUGGCAGGCGCUUUCUAUCAUCAAUAGGCUAUCAACUGAAACCUCAGCUGUUGAAUUACAUUAUAUGGCAAAGGAUGCUGAACUGGCUGAAAUGUGUGGGAAAUUGGCAAUGGAUUCUAACAACAAUUACAAUUAUUCUCUACCACAGCAACAACCACAAUCACCUGGAUCUAAUUUCACCUCUAAUAAUGAUGGAUCAUCUACUUCGUCAUCUCCUAUUCUUACAUCUUCCGUUAUUUCAUCUUCAACUGGCUCCGUAGUCGAAAGGAUCAAUAGAUCUUCGAAAAUAACAAAAUCUCGACGUGGCACUGUAUCUGGAUCAACUUCAUCAACACAAACUAGGCGUUAUUCUUCUCAAAGCUUUACUCAAGAUUCUCCAUUUCAUUCAUCCAUGAACGGAGCAGGAUCCCCAUCUGGAAAACAAUCUUCACCGCCACCGUCAUCGCAACAACAACAACAGCAACAACAACAACAGCAACAUGAACAUCAACAACAACAACAACAACAACAUCAACAACAACAACAACAACAACAGCAGCAACAAUAUCAGCAACAGCAGCAGCAAUUAGGAACACAUUCACUUCAUGGAUCAUCUUCAAGUGUAAAUUCAGCAGCAUUAUUUAAUUCCAGUGCAUCAAUUACUGAUCCAGCAAGAUUAGCUUCUAUGCUGCAACUUGGUAAUAUUCCCAUGACAUCUUAUAAUCAUCAUCAACAACCAAUUCAAGUACCAACAACCAAUAUUUCAAUGCAACAUCAGCAAAGACGCGUACCUCGACCACUUCAUCAUCAUUAUUCUCACUCUCAAGAAGAUCUUCGUUCCUUGAACCAUCGUCAUAUGAACAAAACCGGAUAUACUCGAGCUGGUUCACCUGGUUUCACCCCUGAAGGACGCCUCAAGAAACAUAGAUCAAUGAAAUUUUUACCUAUACAUACUCAACAAUUACAACAAACUGUACAACAAUACCCUCCUCCUUCAUUACACCAACAUCAACAUCGUCAAAUUCCAUUUCCUCAUUAUCAUCAACCCCAUCACUCAUUACCUCAACAACAACGAUCAGAUUAUGCCCAACAAUAUCAAACAUAUCAACAUCAAGGUUAUUCUCAGCAACCAUUUUCUUCGAUGUCACAACAACAACAACAACAACAACAACAACAACAACAACAACAGCAACAGCAACAGCAACAACAACAGCAACAACAACAACAACAACAACAACAACAACAACAACAACAACAACAGCAACAACAGCAGCAGCAACAACAACAACAACAGCAGCAACAGCAGCAACAACAACAACAACAACAACAGCAACAACAAAUGAAUAUGGCCAUGAUGAUGCCAUCAUCAACGUCAACAUCUAUUUCUCCUCUUCAUCGACGACAUACUAUCUCAUUUACAGGCAUGGAUACCACUAGUUUUAUUUCACCUAUGAUAACAUCAGGAUCACCAAUGGGAAUGGACUGUACAAACACUUCUUCUGGUAUGAUGCAACUAGACCAACCAUAUAUUCCUUCAACAAUGUCUCCAGUAAGUUCUACGAUAUCACAGCCUCCCAUGACAUCUAACACCACUACUGCUACUACUAUGUAUACACCAAUGAUAGAGGACGACCCACAGUUGAUGAUGAUGGAUUCUACAGCGAUGCAUGAAUUACUUGCAGAUUCUUCAUCAUUAGGAGACUGGGCUAGUGGGACUUUGGAUAUGGAUCGGAAAGCGGAACGACAUGUUUUAUAAUGAUUAAUGUAGUAGUGACUUACCCUUUUUUUUAUUUUUUUUUUUCUUUUUUUAUGCCAUUCUCAUUUUUAUAUAUAAUAAAUUGUAUGUAC